CUAAUGAUCAGCUCAGGAAGUAAGAGGCAGGAACAGAGGGGCGGGCUGACAUAGAGACACAUAUUCCUCUUGCCUUUUAGUUUUUCCUUAUUCAGUCCUGCUCCGAUCAACAAGAGGAAGAAAAAGGGGGGGAAGAUAAUAGGCGGGGUUUUCAAUGGAGUUGAGAGAGAGAAAGAGUGACAUAGAGCAGUCGACCACUCAAUCUGUAGAAAUAUGAUGGAAGCCAGCGUUGUUCCCCAGGACGCAGGCCACACCAGCCCUCUGACAGGAUCACUUGACACUCCAUCCGCCCCUUCUCCUGCCUCCAUCCCUCCAUCGCUUCCGCUUUCUCCACCCUCCCUGCCCUCCUGCAACCCUCCGGUCCGGCCAUGUCGACCCAAACCGCCCCCUCCUGCUGUGAAGUCCCCCUCGCUCCCCUCUUGUCCUCCUCUACCUGAGUCCACUCCUUCAUCCCUUCCUGUCCCUCUUUCUCCUGUCUCCAAACCUCCUCAUCCUCUUCCUCCUAUCUCCAAACCUCCUCCCCCCCUCUCCUCCAAUUCUCCUCCCUCCGUUCCUCCGCCUCUCUCCUUCAACCCUCCUCCCCCAUCUCUUCCCCCUCCACUCUCCCCUACUCCGGUCUCUCCUUCUCCCCUGCUUUCUCUCCAACCAACUGUCUCCUCUGAUCCCUCUCCCUCUUUCACUCCUCCUCCUCCUCCUCCUCCUCCUCUUCUUACUCCUCCGUUACCCUCAUCCUCCUCCUCAUCUCCUCCUCCUCCACCUGUUAUCCCGCCAUCUUCUCCAACUCCUGCGUUCCUGAGUCUCAUAGAUCGGCUGGUUUGGAGCGUCUCGGUAUGGCAGCCCAAAGGACUCAGCCAAGACCAAAGCACUAGUGUCAUGGAGAAAGAGAAGGCCGGGGCAUUCCUGUUAAACAGCACAGAGGACAAGGCCAUGACACUGUCGGUGCGGCUGCCUGAUGAACAGGGGGCGCCGCUCGUACACAACCUGACGGUCAAACAACACAAGACAUUUCUCCACUUAGAUGGUUCCUCUCUGGUUUUUGAUGACAUCUUCAAAUUGAUCUCCUUCUACUGUGCCAGCAGGGACAUUCUGGCCAUUCCACUGAGAUUACCCUGGGCCAUUACCACAGCAACGAAGAGAGAGGAGCUGGAGGUCAUCUCUGCAAUGGGUGCAGAUUUCUGGACGUCUGAUCUGAACCAGCAGGCACAGAACCAGGACUUGGUUUUGGAUCACAACCACAGCAAAGUGUACGUGUUUGUCAACCCAGUCACUGUAGGGGAGAGCGCCAACAAAGACCUGAAGGACUCCUCUAUCUCCAAACUUGAUAUCACCACCAAUCAAAACAUCACCCCCUCCCUGCAGAAUGGAGAAGCCACACAGAAGAUCAGCACAACCAAAGUCAAAGGUCAGACAACGCCCAAACACGAGAUUAAGUACAAGCGCCCACCACCCCGACCCCCCAGCCUGGGCUCAGGGUCAGGGAUGGGCCUCCUCUUCUCCUCUCCCCCCUCGCUUCACACUUCAUCUUCUGUGACUCCAGCAGCUGAGAGAAAAGAGGAAGGAAAGGGAGGAGCAGGAGAGAGAGAAGAGAGGAAGUCAGUGUCUACAUCACUUACUCCAUUGAGGCCUCCUGUCCCCCUGCAGAGCCGAGCCGCUCCCCCGCUGCCUCCUGCUCCUCUCCGUCGCACCUCGUCCAAAAAAAGCGCCGACCGAGAGGUAGGAGACGGGACGGAGAGAGAGAAGGGACAAAGACCUGCAAAGCAAACUGAGAGAGAGGGGGGAGGAGAGAGAGGAGAGGAGAAAACGGGAAGUAAAUCAGGUCAGCUGGAUGAGGGGGUUGAGCAAGAGAACAGUAGCCAGCAUCAAGAGGAGGAGGUUAAAAAGGACAGGGAAAAGAGAGAGAAAGAGGACGAGAAGGAGGAAAGAGACAUGAAAAUGGAUAAAGAGGAGGACAAACAGAAAUCCAGCUCCCCGUGUUCUCAAUCAGUGAAAAAACCAUCCCGUCCAGUCCCUCCGCCACGGAGGAAACCGUGUCCCCCAAAAGCACCUGUGUGCCCCAACCAGGCAGGAGGAGGAUCAGCUAAUCAGACUGCUGGGAUGAGAGGGCCCCCUCCCUCCCCGGCGCGGCGGCCAGAUGUGUCGCUGUACUCGCCGCAGGGUGGUGCUGUGCUACUAACUGAUCCCGACUCCUGCUCUGCCAGCAGCACAGAGGAAGAAGGAGAGCUGAACCUGGAGCAGGAGCAAAACCACAAUCGCCCUGCAGAGUAUCCCAACCCAGUAAAGAGAACCUCCACCACUGUCAUGUUGGACCGAGCACGCUACCGCCUGUCCAACGUCAUCACGGGCCUCAUCAACCACAACCGCCGCCUCACACAGCGCAUCGUAGAGCUGGCCAGGGACCCUCUGAGCUACUUUGGGAACCUGGUAAAAGAGCACCGUGCAUUCACCUUGGAGACCAUGUCGAACCACUCCUCCUCCACCGAGCUGUUGCAGGAGAUCAGACAGAUGAUGACUCAGCUGAAGAGUUACCUGCUGCAGAGUACCGAGCUGCAAGCUAUGCUGGAGCCGCAGCAUCAGUAUGCACAAGACAAACUGGAGAGCAUGGUAGAAGCUGCUCUGUGUAAGAGUGUACUGAAGCCACUGAGGGAGCCAAUUUACCAGAGUCUGGAGAAACUACACACCGACGACGGCAGCCUGAAACAACUGGCACAGAACCAGUCUGUCGUCUUAGGCAGCACCACCACAGCAUUAGGAGUAACCACUGCCAUCCCAGAGGCCUCUACUAUGGAGAAGAUCAGCAUCAAACUGAACAGCCUCCAUCUAGAGUAUUCUCCCCAGAAAAAGAUCGAGCUUAUGCUGAAGGCCUGCAAGAUGAUCUAUGACUCCAUGUCUGCCAGCAGCCCAGGGCGGGCCCAUGGCGCUGAUGACUUCCUGCCUGUAAUGAUGUAUGUCCUGCUAGAUGCAAUCUCCCCGCCCUGAAGCUGGAUGUUGAAUUAUAUGAUGGAGUUGAUGGACCCGUCAUUAGCACUAGGAGAAGGUUCCUAUUAUCUGACCACCACCUACGGGGCUCUGGAGCACAUCAAGACUUUUGACCAGCAGAGGACAGCAACACGGCGCUCAGCAGAGAGGUUCAGGACUCCAUCACCGCUGGGAGAGACGACGCACGCUCAACCAGGAACGCAUGGCCCAAGGUCUGUUCGGGACUUUCUGACAGUGUGCUGUCCAGAUUUUGGUACCAACCC